AUGGGGGCCGGCGCCAGCACUCUCUCUGCUCCUGCAGAGCCACCUGCAGCGACAUGCCCCGUCGAUCACAAAACUCGUGAAAUCUGGCUGCAACAAAAUGGCGGCAAUGCACCUCACCCUCCGUCCUCUGCGCCGGCGCAAGAACAAGGACAAUCUUCCGCAAAACUACAACGACCGCUAUCUACAGACCGAGAAGUCAGCAGUAUACCCCGAGCAGGCGAUCAAGGUGCUGCAAGUGCCUGUCCGGAAAGCAAAAAAGAAUAUCCAACGCCUUACGAAUCGUCCCCAUAUGCCGCGUCGCACGGCUACCCGUCCAAUGCCGAAGCCGAGACUGGUCAUGACGAGGCUUCCGGUAACUGGAUCUAUCCAUCCGAAAAGCAAUUUUUUGAAGCUUUGAUGCGCAAGGGCAAUACCCCAGAGUCUACCUCCUCUGCCUCCGAACUAGCAACAUCCGUUGCCUCCAUUAUUCCAAUUCACAACGCCGUCAACGAACGCGCAUGGCAGCAGAUUCUUGAUUGGGAGAAGAAAGCUCCCUCAUCGGACCCCGGUAGCAAGAAAUGUGGAGGGCCCAAAUUAUAUUCAUUUCGUGGACUCGGGGUUGAUCCCCAAUUCCUGAGCCCACGGGCCCGAAUCAACGGAUGGCUCGGCUAUCAGCGCCCAUUUGAUCGGCACGACUGGGUUGUUGAGCGCUGCGGCGGCGAACGCGUCGAAUAUGUGAUUGAUUUCUACCAAGGGAAAACCUCAGCUGGCAGCGGAAACCCAUCCGGGUUGACCGGGCACGCUACACCUGGCAAGCUUAGCUUCUAUCUGGAUGUCCGGCCAAAGCUAAACACCUAUGAGGGAUGGAAGAUGAGAUUCAACAGCUUCGUUGGUCUCUGA